AUGGCAGACAUUUCUGAGGAGGGAUACCGUUUGCGUAAGGUUCAGUCAAAACUGGCAAACAAUUGUCAGAACGAUAGCGCGUGGUUGGUACAACAGAAAAUGAAGCAAUCCGAGGUCAAGAAACAUAAUGAGCUGAGUGCAAUUUUGCACUUAAAUCUACUCUUGACGAGUGUUCUUCGGCUAGAAGAGCAAGUGAAAAGUCAGCUCUCUAUGGGUGGUGCAUGGGGUGGUGGCACCUCCGAUCAGUGGAUGAGACGAUCGGAGAUGACCAUCGCUAACGCCAUAUCAAGCAUCGACACAGUGGUACGCGAGCAAACCGACUUACGACAGAAGCUAGAAGAUAAUUCUAUGAGACUUGUGUCGAUGGAAAAAAGAGUUUCAACCCAUAGAGACCGGUUCCCACAAUCGGCAACUUUCUCUUCGUUACAACCACUCCCCAUUUCGGACGAGAUUUCACGACGUCUCACAAAUGCCGAAAAUGGCACCAAUAAUAUCGAGUUCUUGGUAAACGAAACAAGGCGUGAGUUGAACGAAGUCAGACAAGAAGUAUCGUCUGUUAAACGCCAAUUGGAUGGCGCGGUGGACAGUAUUAGACGACUCGAACGAAGAAUGGAGUCUGUAGAACAUAAUUUGGCGCUCAGAAAUGUUGUUUUGUCUGAUAUCGAAGAACAUGUUCAACAGCAGCAAGUUUAUACAUAUAAUGGGAUCUUACUCUGGAAAAUAUCGGAUUUUGCACGUAAGAAAAAUGAUGCCAUAACUGGGCGAGAGGUCUCAAUAUAUAGCCCGUGCUUUCAUACCAGUCAGCAUGGUUACAAAAUGCGCGCGCGACUUUACUUAAACGGUGAUGGAAUGGGUAAAGGAACCCAUCUGUCGCUGUUCUUCAUUGUCAUGCGUGGAGACUACGAUGCAUUACUCCGCUGGCCAUUUAGACAGAAGGUGACCUUCAUGCUGUUGGAUCAAGAUAACGUAGAGCACGUGGUUGAUGCU